UGUAUACACACACCAAAGUGCACACACACCUGUUUGAUGGGGUGACACAAUGUCCCACCAUGAACCCGGCAUUCCAGCCAGGAAGCCACUGGGCUUGCAGCGCUUCUGUAUAAAGUGACACAGUCCACCAGAUUUGACUCCAAAUUAAAGUUUAAAAGCUUCAGCUGUUCAAAAGUACUUUAUUGACCAUUUUAUCUUUUUUUCCUUUGUAUCAAACAGAGAUGGAAGAGGCCGAGGAGUGGGCCGCCAGUGUGAUGGACCAUAAAACAGGAAUAGAAAAGAAAGCUCAGGCGGAGGAGAGAGUGAGGAGGAUCUCCACAGACCUCCACUGUGAGAUUCUGGACUUGAAUGGAGAAGAGAAUAUCAAAGAGCUGUGCAAAAGGAAAAAGAAGAUCAAGAAAACAUUCUCACCGAGGGUGUCCGUGGAAAUCCCUGUGAUAGGGCCUGAGGAUACUGCAGAAUUCAUGAAUGCAGCCAGUCAAGGCAAACUAAAUGUAAUAGACAAGUAUUUGGCUGAUGGUGGCAACCCUAAUGUUCAUGAUGAGUUGAAGAGGACAGCGCUGCACCGUGCCUCUCUGGAAGGACACACCACAGUCGUCCAAACGCUUUUGGAAAAAGGAGCCGAUUUCAACCUGAAAGAUCAACUGGGCUCCAGGGCCAUUCACUGGGCCUGCAGAGGGGGAAGCCUGGAAGUUGUCAAAGCCCUGAAAAGCCACGGGGCCGACCUGAAUGACAGAGAUAAGUUGUACAGCACUCCUCUGCAUGUGGCCACACGAACAGGCCACACGGCCAUCGUGGAGUACCUGCUGUCCUGUGGUGCUAAGAUCAACUCCAGGGACAGGGAAGGGGACACAGCCCUGCAUGAUGCCGUGCGUCUCAACAGAUACAAAAUAGUGAAGCUGCUCAUAGCUGCCGAGGCUGACACAAAAAUAAAAAAUCAUGAGGGAGUGACCGCAGUGCAGCAGGUAAAACAGUGGCAGUUUGACAUCAUGGAGACCCUGCAGAGACUGGAGAAGCUGAAGGAGGUGGGGCCUGAAAACACAUCGAGAGAGGAGUGAAUAAUGCAAAAAAUCUGUUCACUUUCAGCACUCAAACUGUUUAAUAUCACCUUGUAUGAAUAUCUGUCUCAGGUUCAAAUACAUUCAGUAAUUCCACUCUGUUUGUGUACAUCAUAUGUGAGUUUCUAUGCAUUAUAUGUGCUCACCAGCAAAAUCUGCCUCUCCAGGGCGUAGCUGUUAAACCUCUGAGAUUAGUCUGAACUCUGACACUAGAAAAUGUCAGCUUGGAUGUGACAGAUUCAAAAUGAUCUGCUUAUCUUUAAAAAAAAAAAAAAACCCGAGACAAAAACAUACGAAUGAGGAAACAAAGCUGAAUUUCUGGAAAAAAUGUUUUGCCAA